AUUAAUAACUGUGUUUUUUUUUGAACUGCAAUGGAUUUCAUUUCUUCAGAUGUCCUAAAUAAAUAUGAAGAUAUAAUUAAUGAAAUUAAUCAAGAAUACGAAAAAAGUAAACAACUCGUUAAAGAACUUGAAAAAGAAAACGACAGUAUACUUAUACACAAAUUAAUUAGAACGAAGUCAAUAGAAAAACUAUCUUUAGUUAAAGUUAGAAUAUUUAGGGAUGUUAUUGAAUUAUUAACACUAUAUUCCGAAGAAAUAAGAGAAAGUGUCAAUCAGUUAUCAGUAGAAAAACAUCGUAAGUUUUAUUUUGUGGAAAUUUAUAUUUCAGAAGAAUUUUUUAAAAAAUUAUGCAAAGAAGACUGGUUUAUUAAUAUAUCGGUACAAAAUAGUAAUUUUCGUAUCUGUAAAUGUAUAAAAUUGAAAAAAACUACAGUUUGUGAAAUAUUACUGGUACCUGAUAACGUGAUUGAAUGUAGCGUGGAUGUUGAUUUGAUAAACAUUACAAACGAAUGGAUUUGCGUGAAAUUAGAUCAUAUAGACAUUGAUAUUUCGUACCAUUUUCAUAAAUUUAAACAAAAACUCAAGUAUCCUCAAAUUGACAAUAUUUUACAGUUAAAUCAACUUUAUAACAAAGAAUUUGAUUCAAAACAGUUGAAAGAAUUACCGUUUUUGUCUUAUGAGUUAAAAUUUAGUGAUUUAAAUGAGAGAAAACUCAUAGAAAUGAUAUUACAAAACGCAUAUCACAGUUUAGAUAUCGAAUUAUUCGCUGACAUACAAAAUGAUAAUAAAAAAGAUUUCGUUGUUCAAAUUCGUGCUUGGUUGAGUAAAAUUGAGAUUACUUACAACAGAAAAGAUACUUUAAGGUUAAAAAGCGAUUUUCUCAAUUUAGAAUUGUUAAAAAAGUAUUUUAUAAAAACUCUACAUAAGGACAGUGAAGGUGAAAGGUUAACUGCACUAGAUGAGGUAAAAAAUGAUUUGGUAAUUAAUCCACAAGAUGCCAUAAAUUUGUAUAUUAAACUCAGAAAGUUAUCAGGAAAAUUCACUAUUUGAUAAUAAAAAUGAUUUAAGGAC